UCCUUCCCUCCCAAGAUGGCGGCGCCCAGGUUGGUCAGACUCCGGCGGUUUCGGGACGGUUUCGUGGCGGCUGUCGCCGCCGUCGUCUUCUUUUUUCCUUUCCUUCCUUCGGAGGUCAGGGCGGGAGGAGCCCCCAGCACGACCGACUUCGACGUGAGGCCCGGCGGGAUGGUCCACUCCUUCUCGAGGACCCUGGGAGACUACACCUGCACGUUUACCUAUGCUGCUCAGGGUGGGACCAACGAACAAUGGCAGAUGAGCAUCGGGGUCAGCGACGAUAACUUGCUGUUUUCUUGUUCGGUCUGGAGGCCCCAGGGGAAGUCUUAUCUCUUCUUUACCCAGUUCAAAGCCGAAAUCACAGGAGCAAAGAUAGAAUACGGCAUGGCCUAUUCCACGGCUGCGGUUGGAGGGCAGAGCGACAUUCCCUUAAAGGAGGAGGAGUUCCAGGUGACCGAAACGGCAGUGUCUCACAGGGAAGGCAAAUUUCGUUCGGAACUCUCCAAGCUGCUGAUUGUCGCCAAGACGACCCACAACGAGCUGUGACUUCCCGCCGAACGGCGCUUUGUCUUUGCCGGGGACAGUAUGGCAAAUCUGCUAGUUGACGCUGCUCCUCUUACAGGGGCGAGGACCUCUCUCCUGUAUACUGGGCUCCUUUUGAGUAGGGAUUUGGAAACCCUUUGGAAAACCCACACAACUCCUUGGCGUCCCAAACCGGAGAGCACCUGCCGAGACGCUUUUGGUGGCAUCCUUUGGCUGCCGUCUUGAAUAUGAAGUGAUCGCCGGAAGCUUUGGAAGCCAAUGUGGGAUGCUCUCUGCCGUCCUAGUCACCGGCAUCUUUGGUCUGAUGUUUCAACACCCAACCUGGGGAGGGCCCCGCUGGAUGUGUCUGAAAACAGCUCAGAAAGUAGUUUUAUCUUUUUUUUUUAAUCCAGAAACUUCCAGGACCAAAGAAAUUGACUUGCCGUCGUCCCCACUUCCCUGCCAGGAAGCCGGCUUAAUAACCACAGCGGAACCCCUGCCUUCUUUGUCUGUUCCUUGGGGGGGAAAAGGGGCAGUAGUCUCAAUAAAUCAAAAUAGAUGUCUUAA